CAAUGCUAAACCACCUAUGUUGGUUGGCUCUGAUAUGGCUGCACAUAAUGUACACAUUCAUUACGCACCGUAUGUGUGACUCCAGGAUAUCAUUCAGUGAUCUAUUUCUCGAGUUUUAUCGGACACUCACUAACCAAACGGCGACUAAACUCAAUGUUUUCUCAAACUUCAACAUUGCGUACAACAAGAAUAUUCUGUAUAUUCUGUUGUUUUUGUGGAUAAUAUGCGUUAACUUUAUAUCCAAGGCGUUUAGCAGUGUUUUGCGGAAUUCCUACUUUAAGUUCAAACCUACUCUGAUGGCCGACUCGUUAGAAGAUCUCAUGGAUAACAUGGAUAUUAUGAUCGCCGGGAGAGGUGUUGUC